AUGAAACAGAAUCGCACAACCGAUAAACUACAGAUGGAAAUACUCAAACGAACCGUCUGUCGACUCAAGCCAGUACGCAAAUUCUGGGCAGCAGGAUCUCACCACUUUCUGCAGCUAGCGCUAUGUCUUAGUUUCUGCGUAACGCUGGCCAGCUGCAAUCGUGCUCCAGUAUUUCUGAUCGACGACCAUGCAGAGAUAGUGAUAAGAUUGAAAGAGUUCCCAGAAACCCCGGUCGGUACACUGAUCUACCGGUUGCGAGGUUACGACGCGGACGGUGACCCACUAACGUUUGGCGUACAGAAAAGUACCGACAGCCACAUCAUAAGACUGAAACAGAACUCUUCCAACGAAGCGUUCGUCUACCUCAACCACGAGCUGGAUCGUGAAGCACGGGAGGAGUACACGCUCAUACUAACGCUCACCGACGGUCGGCUGGGUGAGGGUAACUUUGUGACGCAAAGCUUUCUGCUGCUGGUGGAGGACAUCAAUGACAAUGAGCCGAUCUUUAAACCGUUUGCCUCGGUGCUGGAGGUGGCAGAAGACAGUCCGCCCGGUAUUCUUACUACGCUCGAGGCGGUGGAUAAGGACGAGGGUGCGUACGGGCAGGUGGUGUACUACAUACAGGGGUUAAGCGAGGAGAACAACGUAUUCACGAUCUCAACCACCAACGGGAAAGGUGUGGUACGGCUGACACGUGCAUUGGACUACGAACGGCAGCACUUCUAUCACAUCAAUGUGCUGGCAGUUGACCGAGCUAUACAGGGACGAAUCAACACUGGAACUGCAGCAUUGCUGGUAAGAGUGAAGGACGUAGAAGAUCAACCUCCAGAGUUUCUAGUGACCCAACCGGUGGUACGCAUCUCCGAGGAUGCUCCUGUCGGAACGGAAGUAUUGCGAGUCAAAGCGGUAGAUGGCGAUCGAGGCAUUAACAAUCGUAUACUUUACGGCAUCUCGAACAACGCCAGUGAGCUGUUUGAGAUCGAUCGUGUAAAGGGUUCACUAAGAACCAAGCAGAAGCUUGACAGGGAAGACUCCAAAAAUCCCAUUAAUGGAGCUUUUAUAUUAGAAGUGGUGGCCACCGAGGAGAGCAAGCAGCAGCCAGCACCUUCCUCCACCAUGGAGAUCACAGUGAUCGUGACGGAUGUGAAUGAUGAGAUACCACGCUUCAGAAGUGAUGGCUAUGAGUGUGAAAUCGGUGAAAACGCCCAAGAAAACACACUGGCCAGGUUCAUUGAUGGCAGCAUCAACGAGGUGUUUGACUACGACCAGGGUAAAAAUGGCACCUUCCGGCUAACGCUCGAUCCACCGAGCGCAAUCUUCGAGGUGAUUCCGAAGCGGGCGAUCAACGAGGCUACUUUUGGGUUGCGUGUAAAAGACCCAACACUGCUGGAUUAUGAGCGCAUGCGUGAACUAACGUUAACUGUGGUGGCAAGCGAGAUCGAGACACCUGCCCGUAGCAGUACGGCACAGGUUCGCGUGGUGGUGUUAGAUCAGAACGACAACUUUCCGGAGUUCGUCCAGCCAGCGUACGAAAUCGACGUGCCGGAGAAUGUGACGGCGGGAACGGUGCUAGUGCAGAUACAAGCCACCGAUGGUGAUUCCGGUGUGUUCGGCACGGACGGUAUUCGGUACACGAACCUCACCGGUAGUAUAUCGAGCUUUCUGCAUCUGGAUCUCCGCACCGGUACCAUCACGCUCAUGGCAUCCGACGGUCCUGUGUUCGAUCGGGAAAUUGUCCAGAAGCACUACCUCUCUGUGGAAGCUCGAGAUAACGAAGGCCGGGGAAAUCGGAACACUGUUCCACUCAUUCUGAACGUCCUAGACGUGAAUGACAGUCCGCCAGUGUUUGUUCAGAAGCGCUACGAAGUGAGGUUGAAAGAGAAUGCGUUUGAUUUCGAAUCACCUAUCACGGUGGAGGCACGGGAUAACGAUCUAGAAGGUUCUCCCAAUAGUGCGGUAGGAUACCGGUUGGUUAGCACCCACCAUGCGGAAUAUUUUCACAUCGAGCGCCGCACGGGAAGGCUGUCGGUGCGAGAGGCAGUGGAUUUCGAACGGCUGGAGAGUGGAGGCGGCACUGACACGCGCACCAUUUCACUGAAUGUCGAGGCUGCUGAUGGUGGUGAACCGGCCCUGACAGCACAGGUCGAGGUGAUGGUGUACGUGCAGGACGUCAACGACUACGCGCCCGUUUUUCUCGAGUCCCAGUAUGCGAUUGCUAUACCGGAGGAUACACCGAGCGGUCUGCCGGUUUUGCGAGUGACCGCAAUGGAUGGGGAUGGUUCGUUCCCGAACAAUCUCGUCACGUACAGAAUCCAGCAGGGUGCUGAUGGCAAGUUCGUGAUAGGGGCAAGUACGGGCGAGAUCUCGAUCACGCAUGGUGCAUCGCUCGAUCCGAACCUUCUCGGGCCGGAUGCACAGGGAUCGGGUUCGACGUACGUGCUGGAGGUGAUCGCUGCAGAUGGUGGCAAUGGAGACCAACAGUUGCAGGGGUCCUGUCUGGUGAAUGUGACCGUUACCGACGUUAAUAAUAAACCACCGUACUUCGUUGGCCCAACGGCGGUGGCAGUGCGCGAGAACACACCGGUCGGCACUGAGGUGUACCGGCUGAUGGCGAGUGAUCCGGAUGAUGGUGCAAUGCUGCGGUACUACAUCGAUCGCAGUCAGUCGGAAGGAAAAACCGAGGAGGGCGCUCUGGUGAAGCUGGACGAUUACGAUUUUGUGGCGGCAUUCGUUCUGAAUGAAACGAACGGUUUACUUAAGAUAGCAAAAUUGCUGGAUCGUGAAAAAAUUGCCGAAAUCAGGCUGGCCUGUGUUGUGGAGGACGUAGCAGCCGAACGAGGCGAUCAAAUGGCAAGCACCACGCUGAAGAUAACCAUUCUCGACGAGAACGACAACAACCCAAAGUUCCGGAAACCGUUCUACAAGCACUCUAUCGCCGAAAACAGUCAGUACGGUGUGACUGUUUGCACGGUGGUGGCCGAGGAUGCGGACCAGAACAAAACUGUUAAGUACAGUCUGGAGGGUGAUACGGGUGUGUUGGAUCUGCUGCACGUCGACGAUGAGACCGGCGAGAUUGUGGUGCGCAAUCGGAUCGACCACGAAGAGUACGGCUGGUUGAACUUCUCGGUGCGUGCGGUAGACACCGGCAGUCCACCGAGGGCAUCCUUUAUCGAGGUGUUCGUGCAGGUGCUGGAUGAAAACGACAACAACCCGUACUUUGUCGACAGUGUGAAUGAUUUCUACGUGUCGGAGAACGCCACCAUCGGCACGGAGAUAGCGAUCGUACUGGCAAAGGAUCUAGACUCGGGAGAUUUCGGACGCAUCACGUACAUUCUGGAUCGUGUUAGCUCUAAGGAAAAGUUUAGUAUCGACCCGGAGAAAGGUAUACUGCGAGUGGCUGGUGCACUAGAUCGAGAGGAAACCGCCGAGUACAUGAUGGCUGUAGAGGCGUGGGAUAACUAUCCUUACGGAUAUCUGAACGGAGAAAGCCGCAAUGCAUUUAAACACAUCCUUGUGCACGUGCUGGACGAUAACGAUAAUGCUCCGGUGGUCCAGAAACCGUCCGGUUGCAGUAUGAUCACAGAGUAUCACAACAUCCACGAUCCGAUCGUGAAGUUGCGUGCGACCGAUGCGGAUGAUCCGCUGAAUGGCAAUGGGCAGCUAAGCUUCGACAUUAGUGACUCGUCGGGGAUAUUCUAUAUCCAGCAGGUAUCGGCCCAGUAUGCAGAAAUAUACUCCCGCGGUCCACUGAAAAACCUUCACGGAAACUAUAGCCUGGAGUUGAUAGUGAGUGAUCUCGGCAGUGUACCAAAUACGGUGCGAGAUACGGUUGAGAUCUGUGUGACUGAUUUCAACGACCAUGCGCCAGUGUUUGUCGUUCCCAGCGGUAAUACCACCGUCAAGGUGUUUGAGAAUACGACGGUCGGUAAACCAUUCUUCCAAGUGCACGCGUACGACGAAGAUGUCGGUGAGAACGCCAUCGUACGGUAUCGCCUGAAAAUGGACGCAUUGGGAAAUUAUCGAAUGUUCACCAUCGACAAAGGGACGGGUGAACUUAGCCUUGCAGCGCCACUCGAUCGUGAGCAACAGACGAUGUACGAUCUGCGGAUCGAGGCGUACGAUCAGGGCAUACCCACUCCCCUCAGCAGUACCAUUGAUUUGAUCGUAUACGUACGGGACGUCAACGACAACCAGCCGCAGUUUUUGCUCAAAGAGAUAAGCCUCAACUUUACCGAACACAUGACACCGGGCGCGGAACGAAUUCGCCUCCCGGACACGGUCGACCAGGACUAUCUCGAUCCGCUCGAAGGGCCGUCACCGAGUGUGGUUUGUUACUACAUCGUGCAGGGCAAUGAGGAAGGACACUUCGGACUGGAUCCGGUGACGCAUGACUUAACGGUGGAGAAAGAGCUGGAUCGUGAGAAUCGAUCGCUGUACUUGCUGCAAAUUAAAGCGUCGGAGGAAUGUUCUAACGCGAACCUAUCGUCGGAAGCGAACGGACAUUCGGGCAAUCUACUGAAGGCUACAGUGUACAUAAACGACAUCAACGACAACUCACCAGUGUUUGAGUCGAAAAUAUUCACCGGCGGCAUCUCAACGUCAUCCCAAUUCGGGGCUACCAUUCUGCAACUGAAGGCUCAAGAUGAUGAUGAUGGAUUGAAUGGCUUGGUUCGGUACUAUCGGCACGGCGAGGUGCGGAAAACGCUUGCCGAAGGUUUGGACGAGUUGCGCAGCGAUCCGUUCCUGGUGGAUGCGGACACUGGCAAGGUGUUGCUGAACUUUUUCCCCCAGAAAUCGAUGCGCGGCUAUUUCGAUUUCCCGGUGACGGCGAACGAUUCCUACGGUUGUCACGAUCGUGCGCACGUCUUUAUCUAUCUCAUCCGGGAAGAUCAGCGCGUAAAGUUCAUUCUUCGCCAACGUCCAUCCGAGAUACGACACAACAUACACAGUUUUCGAGAGAUACUGAGCAACGUAAGUGGAUGCAUUGUAAAUAUAGAUGAUAUUCGAGUGCAUGAAAAUCCGGACGGUUCGGUGGACCGGACGAAAAGUGACAUGUUCAUGCAUCUGGUCGAUCAGAAGAACAACUCCGUCCUGGAGGUGCAUCAGGUGUUGCAGCUGCUGGACAAGCACGUGGAGAAGCUUGAUCGAUUGUUUAAGGAAUUCAAUGUCCUAGACACUCAGGCGUCCGAGCUGGUGCAGACGGCAGAAAUGGACGAGCUGUCGGUCAAUAUCAUCUGGCUGUUUGUGACCAACAUACUGCUCGGCGCGCUGCUGAUCGUGGUGAUUGGUCUUUCAAUAUCGCAACGAUUGUCCUACCGAAGACAGCUGAGAGCGGCCAAAAUAGCUGCGUUCGGUUCAUCCAGCCCAACUCGGAUGUACCAGGAGGUACUCGGUGCAGUGCCGAACACGAACAAACACAGCAUGAAGGGCAGCAACCCGAUCUGGAUCGGUAGCGGCAGUCCGGAGGGCGAAUGGCUGAAGGAUGAGUUUGACAAGUGCAAGGAGGCAAUCGACGCACAGUACGAGCGGUCCCUGAGCUCGGGCUUCUUCAUUGACAACUGUCUCCAGUACGAGGCCCGGAAGAGUCUCACCGGUGCGGAGGCGAACAACGCCGUCAACUAUCAGAUCAAGCGGGGCAGCGAAUCAACGCUCUGUGCACGCAACUUGGAGACGACCGAGCUGUAA